AUGAUCACUGUUACAAUUCUCCUGACUUUGUCGAAUGCCGUGAAUGGAAGCAAUCACAGUGGCGUCAUUGCCGAUGCAGAACUCAGUGCGUCGGAGCGUAAUCGCCGACUUAUUCCCUAUAUGGCCUUCUAUCUGCCUGCGCCCGAGUUGCCCAUCAAUCAGCAAUAUGCUGUGAAACAUGGCUCGGCUGCUGGCAGCGCACAGCUCCGUCCACCGGUGGCUGCACCUAGCCGCAUACCGGUACCGGUUGCCUACAUGCCACAAUCGCAUCCACAUGCACAUCAUCAGGCACAGGCGACGCACUAUCAGCAGGGCACAGCAGCAGACAUCUAUCAUGCACUGGGUAUAGGCGGACAACAGCAUCAGGGCUUGCCACCUGUUCAUGGUAAGGAGCCAACGUUGCCGGCAGAUGCGGGCGCCACAUUUAUUGCCUACAAGCCAUUGAACCCAACACACAAGCAUAAGACAGUACAGCAUUUUCCGCCACUGUCGCAGCAGGAGCAACAACAACAGCAACAGGAACAGUUUGAGCUGCUGCCUCCGCCGCCACAUUUCCAUCGACAGCGUGGCAAACAAUCAAAAGUCAAUUUAACACCGUUUACAGCGCAAAACACGCUGCCGGGACACUUUAUGCCCAUUAUUUAUACGCCAGUGAGCAACUCCAACGCCAACUCCAACAAGCCGUCGCCGUCGCCAACAGAAAUUGUCUACCAUAAAAAUUCGCAUCAAACACAAAUUGUUACGGAUUAUGCACCAUCCGGCGGAGUUGGCUCCUCGGCGGAGCAGCAGGAGCGACAGGAGGAGUUGGUGCAUUCAACGCCAAGGUCAUCAUCAUCAUCGACAUCAUCGAAAGGUGCAUUGUUAGCGCAUCAAAAGUCACCAGCCGGGUAUGGACACUUGAACAAAUACGAGAGUUACUUCCAUAUGACGCCGGAUCAGCAGCUGACGCCACAGGAGAAAUACGUGCUCUACUUGCAGCAGCGCAUGAAGUUGCAGCGGCAACAGCAACAGCAGCCGGAAAGAUACCACCAUGCCACAGAUGAUUUACAUCAUCAGCCAGCGCAAAGCAAUACGAAAGCUGGCAAGCAACAACAACACAGUCAUAGUCACAGUCAAAGUCACCCGCAUACGCAACCAUCACCACCACCAUCACACCACAGUCAGUUACACAAUUACAAUGGGCUCUUUGGACGGCCAGAGGCUAGUUCUGGCCAUGGCCAGCAGUCGCAUCAACAGGUGCUGCAUAUUCCAUUGCGUGCCCUCAUGACCCGCCUGCAUGAGCAGCCAGAGUACGCAAAGGAGUCGCUGCUCGGGUCACCCGCUCCUCCUGCGCAUUUCAUUGAUUAUCUCAUUGAUGGGCCACGUCAGUCGUUGGAUGAGGAUCAGCAGCAGCAGCAGCAACAACAGUCACAACAACAACAUCAGUCAUCGCCAUCCCGAGCACCGCAACAUGCAUUUAUUCUGGUAACCACUGCUGCACCUUAUCCGGAGCAUCCACAGGCACCACGUGUGCAUGAUUUAACUCCGACCCGUGCUCCCGUUGUGUACAAGCAGCAGCCCACACUGCGACUGCAGCCAGUGACUCCGGUUCAUAAGUACAAAGCCACCAGACGUCCAGUCUAUAUAACACCACCCACUCCCAGGGAGACGGUCAAGAUCACGCCCAAGUAUGUCUAUGUCUCCAGUAAGCCACCGUCGGCACCGAGCACGCCCCCAUCGCCACCAAUUAAGCUGAAGCCCAUCCACAAAUACGCAUCUGAUCGACCACAAAGUUCGCCCAAUCCCAGCCAGGCGUAUGCCCCACCAGAUGAUGCAGAUCAACUGCCCGACAUAAGAACCUCAUCGCUGGCAGAGAUUCUGCAUAAGCUGCAGGCGAGCAAUCACUUGCCACAGACCCUCACACCGGACAACAUUGACAACUCGAUCAAGACGCUGAUUCGCAUCUUGCAGAAUCUGAAGCAGACGCAAACGAUCGUGCCCAAUCCUCCGCAACAUCAUGAGACCAAGCCCAGCAGCAGUAGCAACAAUCACGACUACGACUACAAUACGGACACUGAAGAGGAGCAUCCGGAGACGACAGUGGCGGGUCAUGCCGAUGCGGAUCUCCAGCACCUGAGUAAACCGAAUAAGCAUCCGGGACCAACAACAGGACGUGCUGGCAUUGAUUAUCCCAACUAUGCGGAGAUUCCAAAGACGAGCUUUGAGUGCACACAGCAGCGUUACAAGGGCUUCUUUGGCGAUCCGGAAACCAAUUGCCAAGUGUGGCACUACUGUGAUCUAAAUGGCGGCAAGGCCUCCUUUCUGUGCCCCAAUGGCACCAUCUUUAGUCAGAUUGCGCUGACUUGUGACUGGUGGUUCAAUGUGAAAUGCUCGACAACAUCGCAGCUUUAUGUUCUGAACGAGCGACUCUACAAGUACAUAUUGCCAUUCAAUCCAAAGUUCCCAGAGGAUUACAAUGGACCAAUUGUGGACAAAUACCUGGCCAUGAAGUUCCAGGAAAUGGAGGAAAAAAUGCGAGUGGAAAAGCAGCGGAAGGUCAAUCAGCAAGCGGAAAAGCCCGCUGCCAGAGAUGAGGCAUCCACUCCGGCAUUACCCAAAAAUCACAAGCCAUCAGCCAAACAUGGCAGCGGCAUCAAUGCCCAAGUCUAUGAGCAAAGUUCGGAGCGUAAUCUGCUCAUCGAUGAUGAAAUCGAUGACAUCUCGGAACGCGGCACUUACGACACCUACGGCCAGACACCGACCACCGUAAUGGCACCGACAACAACAUUACAGGAUUCGCAAACGUUGGGUCUUAGCCCCAUUGUUGUAUCUUCCACGCCGGGACCAGAUCAUGAUGAAGAAUUAGAGCUGGAUGCAGAACCAGAUCUUGAUGGCGAACCGCCGGCAAAUUCCGAAAGCAGCGAGGAGGAAGACAAGCUACAAAGCUUAAGGGACACGAAUGCGGUCGCAGGUCAAAAACGGCUCGAGACAACAAAAGUGAGCGUAGAGAAACUCGAGGUGAUUGAGAUCAAGGCGGACGGUAAUACCGGACACCUAAUGCCCCUCAGUAGCAUGAUGGCGAGCACUGAGCAGUCGAGAGAGAACAAAGAAUGAGGAGCUAUGAGAGUAGUCUGGUAGAGAAUGCUUGCCAUAUUUGUAAUGAGAAUUCUUUGCACCUGUUUGUUUCGAUCGUUUGUACGCCUUAAAUUAUUCUUAGCGAGCGAUUACUGUAAAUAGCUAACUGUAAGACAAACUAUACCUAUAGCAAUCAAUUAGAUAAUAAUAUAAAUGCCAAGUAUUAAGUGAAAUUUAA